AUGGCAGAAAGACAACCCGUACGAAAUGUGCCAGAUUUAAAUAUGCAAGCAAUGUUGCACGAGUUUGAACGAUUAUUUGAUCAAAAAUUGGAACCAAUUAAAGAUCGUCUUGAUCAAGUGGAAAUGAGAGGCCACCGAGGAAGGACUCCUCUAAGUCCACCUAGAAAUCGAAAUCGAAGACAAUUUCAAGACAAUGAAGUUUUUGAACCAAGUGGGGCCGAAAGUGAUCAAGGUUCAAACGUUAGUGAACGAAGGAGAGGUCGACGACAUCAUGGAUCACGAGAACAAGAAAGGUAUGAUGAUGAUCUUAAAAGUAUUAAACUAACUAUUCCUCCUUUCCAUGGACGUUCAGAUCCGGAAGUUUAUUUGGAAUGGGAGAAGAAAAUUGAGUUAGUGUUUGAGUGCCACAAUUAUUCCGACGCAAAGAAGGUUAAAUUGGCGGCCAUUAAAUUUUCAGAUUAUGCAAUGAUUUGGUGGGACCAAUUUGUCUCGAGUCGAAGGCGAAAUGGCGAGCGUCCUAUCACCACUUGGACUGAGAUGAAAGCCGUGAUGCGGCGAAGGUUUAUUCCUUCAUAUUAUCAUCGGGAGUUGUAUCAAAAGCUCUAA